AUGGGCGACAAGUACGACCGUCAGCUGCGUCUCUGGGGCGUCCAAGGCCAGCGCCGUCUCUCCCACACGCACGUCCUCGUCCUCGGCUCCUGUGCCGCGGCCGCCGAGGCGCUCAAGAACCUCGUGCUGCCCGGCGUCCAGCGCUUCACGGUCGUGGACGACCAGUUGGUGACGCUGGCGGAUGUAGCCACUCACUUUUUCGUCUCGUCUGCUUCCGUCGGUGCGUCCAGAUGCGAGACCGUGGCCAGGAACGUGCAGGAGCUGAACGCGGACGUGGCCGGAGGCGCUCGCCACGCGAACGUGGAGCACGUGCUGGAGACGGAGCCGCAGUUUUUGGACCCGUUUGAUCUCGUCAUGGCUACACAAUUGAACGAGCGCGGGACGCUCUUGCUGGCGGACUUGUGUCGACAGAAGAGACGGCCGCUGAUCGUAGUGACGACGUGGGGGCUAGUGGCCUCGUUGCGGCUCCAGGUGCUGGACCACGUGAUUGCGGAUGCGAAAGUGGACCCGCCACGACUGGAUUUGAGGCUGUCGAAGCCUUUUGCGACGCUGACCGAGUUUGCGGACAGCUUUGACUUGCAGUCUCUGUCGAGGAGGGACCACGCACAUGUCCCGUUUGUGGUUGUGCUCCUGCAAGUGAGAGAGCAGUGGGCACGAGACCAUGACGGGCACAUGCCGACGACGUUUGCAGAGAAAGACGCGUUUAAAAAGAGACUGCAGGACAUGGCGUGGGGAGCUCCUGGGCAUGAAGUGAACUUUGUAGAAGCUGCGGAGAACGCCUACAUGGCGUACGUUGCGUCUCAAGUGCCUGAAGAAGUGGCGCCGGUGCUGGCAGCUGCUGCAUCUCGCGUUGGGUCGGUAAAGGCUCUGCAGACGACGAAGGACGUGGAUGUCGUCACACAGGAGUUUUGGCUUCUGGCGAGUGCCCUGGCAGACUUUGUCGAGCUGAAUGAUGGCAUGUUGCCUGUGACUGGCGUUGUGCCAGACAUGACGGCGUCCACGGAAUCGUACGUGGCGCUGCAGGAGCUCUAUGUGACCAAGGCCAAGGAGGACGCGAUCAAGGUGCACGAGAUUCUGUGCAAGCGGCUGCGCGACUUGAAACUUCCUGAGGACAUGAUCUCGUACGAAUCAGUUGCAGCAUUUUGCAAGAACGCCCCGAGUAUCGGUGUGCUUGCAACACGCAGUGUGGCGCAAGAGUAUGAGCACGUCGACUUGUCGGACGUGGAUCUCGAAGAAGAGGACAAGGAGCAGUCGCCGUUGAUCUGGUACUUUAUGCUGCGUGCAGUGACUAGUUUCGCGUCCAAGUUUAAUCGAUACCCCGGAUCUGAGAACGCUAUCGUAGCUCAAGACAGAGCGUGGCUUGUGACGAGAGCGAGGGCUCUGGCUGCUGGUAGUGACGUGGCGAAGUGGAUUUCUGAUGAUCACGCAAUGGAGAUGACCCGAUCAUGCCAAGUCGAGCUGCACAAUAUUGCCGCGUUGAUGGGAGGUGUCGCUGCGCAAGAAGCUGUGAAGUUGAUCACGCAUCAGUUCGAGCCGCUCAACCACACAUACGUAUUUAACGGCAUCUCGGGUGUAGCUGCAACGUACCGACUUUGA